AUGACAACAGCACCAUCAUCAUCAUCAACAGCAAUAAAAUCUAUUGAAACUGAAGCUGAAAUUGGAGGAAUUGGUAUUGAAAUUACUCCAACAAUUACUACAUCAUCGAUGAAAUCAUCAAUGAAUAAUGAUUUUAAUGAAUAUAAUAUUUUAAAAUUUUCUACCACUACUACUACUACUACUGCUACAACUCCUAUUACUAUAACCAAUACAUAUGCAACAACAACUAUUGCUGAUACAACAACAAUAACAGUAGUUACACCAACAAUUCCUUCAGCUACAUUAACAACAAAUUCAUCAUCAUUUUUACCCAUACAAAUACCAGUAAUUAAUGAUCAGUCAUCGUCAUCAUCAGCAUCAUCUGGUAUAUCAUCAAUAAAUUCUCAAUUGCAAUCACUUCUUGCGCUACAGCUUAUUACCUCACAAUUACCUCUAGCAAAUGAAUCAUAUCGUUUACCUAUUCUUACAAAUCUUCCAUCUCAUCUAACAUCUGAUAUUCGAUGGAAAUCAAUUUAUGAUAUGCAAUCAUCAUUAUCAUCAUCAUUGUUAUCAUCAUCAGUACCAUUAAUUAAUAAUAAUAAUAAUAGUAAUAACAAUAAUAGUAAUAAAUUAACAGUUGAUAUGAGACAAAUUACGGAUGAAAAUCUGCCCAAUAAAUAUACACCUAUGUUAUCUACUGCUACUACUACUACUAGUACAACUUCUAAUAAUACUACUAUUUCUACAACAACUACUAAUAAUACUGCUACUGCUACUACAACAACAAGAACAAAUUUUGAUAUACCAAUAACAUCAUCAACAACAACUACUAGCAAAACAGCAAUAUCAUUGGAAAAAUUAUUGGAUCAAACAUUGAAAGAACCAGUUUUAUCAGUUGCCAAAUUAUUGAUUAUGGAAUUUCGACGUGAAAAAGAAUUGUUACUUAAUCAAAAUGGACAAUUACGACGUGAAAAUGCACUUUUACGUAGCGCACUUGCCAGCAGUACUGUUUUAGUUGGCUUAAAAGGAUUAACCACAACAAAUGUUCCUAUUUCAUAA